GCGCCUUUAUAAAGCAAAACGCAGAGUCACAGAGCACCUUCGCCUGGCCACUGGCCGCCAGACCCCGCGGGUUCAAAGGCACAGUCCACUCGCAGGAGAGGAGGGCGCGAGGCGACCCUACUGCUGCACCCCGCAGCCUGGCCCAGGAAGAAACUGGCCCGCCGUGAAGAGCGGCGGUGCCAGCUCUCCCCAUGGGGCGCUACACGGGCCAGACGUGCCGCCUGAUCUUCAUGCUAGUCCUGACAGCGGGCUUCUUCGUGGCCGAGCUGGUGUCGGGCUACGUGGGCAACUCGAUCGCGCUGGUCUCCGACUCCUUCAGCAUGCUCUCCGACCUGAUCGCUCUGAGCGUGGGCAUCGCCACAGGACGCCUCUCUCGCCAACGCCGACGCCGCCCCGGCGCCUCUUACGGCUCCGGACGGGCCGAGGUGGUGGGCGCCCUCAGCAACGCCGUCUUCCUGGCCGCCCUCUACUUCACCAUCCUGAUGGAAGCGGUGCAGCGGCUGGCGAAGCCGGAGGCCAUCCGCGACGCUGCGCUCAUCCUCGUGGUAGGCGCGCUCGGCCUGGCGGUCAAUCUCGUGGGGCUCCUUGUCUUCCAGGACUGGGUCUGCUGCUGCCACCGUCGAGGCUCGCCGGCCCCGCCCCGCCUUAGCCACGAGGACGAGAGCCAAACCCGGGCCGUUACUGGCAGCUCGUCCGCCUUAGAGGGGACCGCGGAAGAGAGCAGCGGCGCCACCGCCGCCGCCAAGGGCGCCCCGAGGGUUUCGGGCAUAGGCGAAGCAGGUGAUUCUGCAGAUACCCAGAAAAAUGCUGAAGAGGAUGGGGCACAGAAAAAAGAAAAAAAGUCUGAAGCCUUGAACAUCCGAGGAGUCCUUUUGCAUGUGAUGGGAGAUGCUCUUGGCUCAGUUAUUGUUGUGGUUGCGGCUUCAAUAUUCUACGCGCUUCCUCUGGAUGAGAACACACCAUGUAACUGGCAGUGUUACAUUGAUCCCAGCCUGACAAUUAUUAUGGUCUUUAUCAUACUGUCCUCAGCCUUUCCACUUAUCAAGGAGACGGCAACCAUUUUGCUGCAAAUGGUUCCCAAGAGUCUGAAUAUGCAAAUAUUGACAAACAAAUUACUGGAAGUGCCAGGGGUUAGCAGCAUUCAUGAGCUGCAUGUCUGGGAAUUUGUCAAGGGGAAGAAUAUUGCCACGCUCCACAUUAAGUGUCAGUCUACUUCUGACUACCCGGUCGCUUCAUACAAAAUCAGGGAGGUGUUCCACGAAGAAGGGAUCCAUUCAGUGACCAUUCAGCCGGAGUACCUGGACUACAAGAUUCCUGAGGUCCUGUGCAGUACACCAUGUAUCUCCAAAUCUUGUGAUCCUCAGUUGUGCUGCAGCCAGCAGGAAGCGUUUCUUUCUCAGAUGAAUGAAAAAAUAGGCAGCUUUUCUCCAUCACUGAAGAAAGUUUUCCAUAAAAAAGAUGUCAUGGAAAUUCCUACUGAACCCAUGUGGGCUGAAGACAUGGUCAAAAAGAAUAGCCGCUCCAAGGAUAGUCACAAAGAAAAAAGUGAAACCACACCACGUAUAAGCGGUACUCAAUUUUAGACUCUUGGGUGAAUGCAUUCUCAGUUCUUUUGCCUAGAAAAAAAAGGGGGGCUCCCUUGUGCAAAGGUUCCUCUAGUUGAAAAAGAAGGAGCUGUUGGCAAGUGUUUGCCAUGGUUCUGGGAGGCAGCAUUUGAAAGUGGAAUACCGAGUGUACUCACAAUUCACAAGUGCUAUGGCCAAAGCAGACGGCCCUUGGUUUCUUCUAAAGUCUAGCUCAAACGGAAAGCCAUUUUCCUAAUGUUGGGCAAAUAAGCUAUGUCAUCCCUAUUUGCUGCCCUGCUCUGAAAAGAGAAAAGGAUAAAGCAUUUAACCAAUGGGCAGAGGAAGAGAAAAGGACUCUUCAAACCUUAAAUGUCUUAAUUGUCGGUGUACGCGUUUCUCAGGCGCAAAUAGAAACCUCAAGAAUGUCGAGAUUUCCUUCUGGUUUAAUGUACUAAUCAGGAUGCAGAUUGCAAACCUUACUAUUUUAUGAUUAUCCUGGCUUAUGGCGUAUCUUUAUCUUUCACUGAACUUUCUUUUUCUGUUUACUUGAAAUAGAUGACAGGAAGACAGGAAUGAGAUAGGCCGCAUGGGUUUAGGGAAUUGUGUGACAUGUCCAAGGAAGCAAAACAACCCUAUGAAAAAACAAGGAUUUGUAAUUUUGGUCCACAGAAUUGGCCGCAGGAUGUAGACAAUCAGUAUGGCUGCUUUCAUUGCAUUGAAUAAAUGAGUUAUAUCAGCAAAAGAUCCAAUUAACUCACCCUUUUGUGGUGAGCUUCACAAUGAAGAACUGUAUUCUUACUGAAGAAUGAAUGGAGAUAUUCACAAGAAUUUAUUUUUCCCCUUAAUGUCUUUACAUUUCCCUCAUAUCACAGUAAUUAUAAAAUGCUGGGAUUUUUUUUUCUUCUUAGAAAAUAUUUGAAAUAAUCUAUUGGAUCUUCUGCCAUGAGAGAUAAAAUGUGAGUUUUUCAAUAUGUGCUUAUGUCAUUUGUAUUAAAUUAACAAAGAAGUACAGCAGCAAGAAGUAAGGAUUUGCACUUGCCUUUGGGCACCAUAGAACAUACCUCUGAGUUUGUUUUAAUAGAGUAAUCCUGUGCGUACACUGAGCAGUUUGGAUGCUGUUUUUCUCUUUUCUUUUAAAAUAUGGUGCUAUUUAAUGUGUUAUUUUGGAAUUAUGGCACUCCUUUCAAACCAUUUUUAGAAUUUCUUUUUUUAACAAUGUGUUAAAAUUUAUUUUCAGGAGAUCUUUGUCUUGCCAGCCUAUUUUAAACCUCAAAUCCAAAUAAAUUUACAUUACAGUAAGCCCAUUGGAUUUCUUGUUUAUGAACUGCCCUUGACUCCAUGUAAGUGGUUGAAUGAGGCUAAAUGUUGGUUGUCCUCCUGCUAUCUUGGGGUUCUUUUAAGUUUAUUCCUCUAUGUUUUUAUUUUUUAUUUUUGUUGUUAUUUAUGUCUAAUGCUUUUUUAUAUUGUGAUAUGAUUUUAAUUGUUAUUUUGCUUGUAAGCUGCCCAGAGUUACUUUUUUGUGAGAUGGUCUGCUGUAUAAAUUUGCCAAAUAAGUAAGUAAGUAAAUAAAUAAAUA